UGUGUUCCUAAGUUAACCAUGUUAAUGUGUCGCAUAUUUGUGGCAGCUUUAUUGCUACUCCUACUACUCCACUACAGCAGUGCAACCGAGGAGCAGCAGGCACAAACAGAAACCACAAUAAGGGCAAUUAAAACGGACGCUCAAACCAAAUCCCCAUUUACGGGACGUGCUAGAGGCUCUUUGGUAACGCACAAUGAUGUCUAUAUUGCUCGGAAUCAAAGGCAAUGCUUUGAUACCAGAAAUUUGGUAUCCUGUAUCAAAUACAAGGCAUCGAAACUCAUCUGGAAAUUGGCCACCAACAGCAUGGGUUUCUUUCCCAAUGAGUAUGGACGUGAAAUGAAUGAGGAUAAACAUCGCCUGCUCAGGCUAGUUCAGCUGGGGGAGCCAGCCGAUGAUAUUGUUGUCUUUAACGAUGCCAAGAGCCUCGAAGGUGACAGCGAACUGACGCGCAUAUAUAAGUUCCUUAAGCGUGCCAUGGAGACUUUUGGACGCAAUCAUGGCCUCCAGUUGGCCAUAUCGAGUGAAACAGGAGCCCGUGUCAUGGACGAGUCGGAGUCUCGUGGCGCGCGCAAGAAGAAGAAGUGGCUAAUCAUUCUGCCUCUGAUUAUUCUAAUGAAAAUUGCCCAUCUAAAGAUGACUCUAGUCUCAUUGCUCUUUGGUGUUCUGGGCAUGAAUGCUCUACUAGUUGGCGGUGUGGGUUGGCUUAUACAUUAUCUCAAGUUCAAAACUCUCUGCAAGAUACAUCCGCAUUUGGUGCAAACGCAUUCCCAUGUCUACGACUCUGAUCCUUCGGACUACUCACAAUUCUUGGGAAGCAACUCGUAUACUCCUUACAGUUCUGGCCCCCAUGAAAUCAAUGCCAAUGGCUACAGCAAGGAUUGGGCCACGAGUAAGGCUUAUACUGGCUACAAUUAUUUGGACACCAUUUCAAAACGAUUGCAAUAGAGGAAAUUUUAAUAGAAUUUGUGCCUAGUACCAUCUU